CCACCGUUCCACCUCCCCCCUUCAGUCGCAGCCCCCAUCUCCAUCGGCGGGGAUCUUCACGGCUGCGGAUUCGUGGGGGGUCAACCGAUAUUGCGCGAAGAGAGUUGCGGACGAUACAUGGAAGAGGAUGAACCACCUAAGCGCCGGCGACAGGAGCAGCCAAGUCCCAGCUGCUUGUUGCAUCGAGCAGUGACAAGAAGUCUAACCAGAAACCAUUCCAAAAAGCCUGGAGAGCAGGACCCAACUGCAGGUUCCUCGAACAAGCAAGGAGCAAGAAGACGCCUCAUAGAGAGAUUGAAGAACACAAGACAUGGCGGCGACAAGGGAACCAAUACAAGUAAGUUCCCUGAUGAGGAUUCCGCGAGCGAAGAUGCAGACAAGGAAUUUUGCCCGCUGAAAUUCCAUGGCUGCUCUUCAUCUGAUGCGGUUCAGGAAUUAAUCUCGACUUUCAGCAAUAGGAAAUUAGACAUUCUAAAUAAGUUAGGGUUGGGUGGGUUGCGGUACUUGAAUCGUGGUUUCCAUAAUAGCCGCCACCUAGUAUUCUGGUUGUUGAAGAGAAUGGACGUAGAGAACAUGCAAAUAAGGCUUGGAGAUGGGUCAAGUGUGCAAAUGAAUCUGGAGUCAGUGAGCAGGAUACUAGGAAUCAGAUGUACUGGUACUCACAUGACAGUUAGUAGUACUAAGGUAACAAAGUAUGUCAAAUUAAGACUGCAAGAACGUUUUGGAACUGAAGAAUAUAAAGAGUUCCCAGACUUGGAUGAUUUAAGAAAAAUUUUAUGCCGAGAAUAUGGGCAAGAUAUGUCUGAAUAUGAUGAAGAAACUUUUAUGAUUGCCAUGGCUGCUUUCUGCUGCGCAUAUAUGUUUGGGCCAGGAAAAAGAACUGCAAGUGUACCAAAUGACAUAUGGGACUUCAUCACCUUUCCGAAGAACCUACUGAAUUGCAACUGGGGGGGCUAUGUGCUCAUGGUUUUGCAAUCUUCAGCGCGUGCCGUGCAGAUGAAUAUGAGGAGUAACCCAACUUCUAUCAAACUGGGUGGUUGCCGGUUGUAUUUGCAGUACCAGUUCAUGCGAAGUGUAACUAAUAAUUUUGUUACUGUUCUAUUCUGUCAGUUACUUUACUUGGACAACAUUGACCUUGGAGAUAACAACAUCCCUUUAAGCUGGUAUCCAAGAAUCAGAUGGUACGAUACACGAUUUCUGCUAGAGUUCAGCAAUCAUUAUGAGAAGUGCAAAGGCAUGAAGGCUAAGGACGCAUAUUUGAACAGAAAGAGGCGUGUACCAAGCGACCAUGAUGAUAAAAGAAUGCCCACAUGCCCACUCCCAGAUGAAAGCAAAGAACAAAGUACUCGACCAGCCAGGCAAGAAAGCACUGGCAACAAACCUAACCAGAGAUCAAUGCCUUCUAGGCACCAUGCAGAUGAUAGCAAAGAGGCAUGCGCAGAACAUGGUGACGAAGACUUUAAGACAACCCGACAGCAAAGUGGGUGUACAGUGGGAGACGAACCUUUGGCACCCACUACGAAAGAGAAAAUUGUAGAACAAAUUAAAUAUGGCCUUGAACAAGUUACAUCGCAACUCGAAAUUGUUGCCCACACUGCUCAUGAAGAAAAUAAGAGAAACUUUGAGGCACAGGAACAACGAAUAAGUGAGUUGUUUGGAGACAUGAAAACAGUGGUGUCAGGACUUAGGGAAAACCUUGUCAACUGUAUCAUGGCGCACGGUAGGGUCGAAGGAAUGCAUGAAGGCAGGAAAUAUAGUUCGGAAGGUAUGUGCAGUGAAACCCCAUUUUCCCUAUGCUAA